AUGAAUUCCCGCGCCGCGUCCGCGCGCGCGCACCUUCGAGUACAGCCGCGGUCUCGGCCGCGGCCCGAACGCGUCCGCGGGCGCGGCGACGUGCAGAAGGACCGCGACGCAUAUCGCCGAGAGCCAACCGAGGCGCGGCAUCGUGGGCGCGUCGUGCUGCUCGACGGGACUGUGGCGACGAGGCCGCGGGGCGGCGGUGUUCUUUCACGCCAGCGCCAUGCGCGAGUUCGAAAACGACAGCCGGCGCGCGAAAUCUGGGCACCCUCAGAGAUCUGCCGCACACCGCCCCCGAGACCUCUCGCGUCAUCACGACGCGACGCGCGCGGGACGCGGAGGCGUCUCGACGCGCGGGCGGGCGCGAUGUAUAAGUUCUUCAAGCCGGACGGGAAGUCCAAGCCCGGGGGCGGCGGAGGGUCGGGGAGACGCCGCGUCGAGAUCGAGGCGGACGACGACGGCUGGAGAACGACCCCGCGCGAGGCCGACGCCGCGCCGCCGCCGGAGAGGUGGACGGACGACCGCCCGCGCAAGGACUCGAGCGAGGCCAGACAAGACUGGUCCGGCGACGCGCGCUUCCGCGAGCUCCGCGACCGCGACGGCGGAAGACGUCGCGGCGCGGAGGACGAGACCGUGAUGCCGUCGAGCGAUCGCUUCGGCGACGAAAUGACGAACGUCGUCUUCAAGCGCGCGCGAAGCCACGGAAAGUGCCUCGCGAAGCCGCAAAUGCCGACGCGCGGGAACGGCAUACCCAUGGGAGGCGUCGUCGUGCACUUCCCCGCGGGCUUGACCCCGCACGUCCCGCAGAAGAUCACGAUGAGCAAGGUGAUCGCGGCGCUGCAAAAGCGACAAAACGCGCUCGUGGAGUCGCCCACGGGGACGGGCAAGUCGCUCAGCCUCCUGUGCAGCGCGCUCGCGUGGCAAGAGGCGAAGAAGCGCGAGGUCGCGGAGGAGAACGAGCGCGUCCGCGAGAGGAACACGACGCGGAUGAACGCGUAUCAAGACGCGCUGCUCGCGUGGACCCGCGGGGAGGAACCGCCCGCGCCCGCGCCCGCCGGCACAGCUGGCGCCGACGCCGACACAGCUGGCGCCGGCGCGCCGCUCGAGCCCGUCGCGAGCGCGGACCUCCAACAGAAGAUGGAGACGUCCGCGCACGUGAAGAACGAAGACGGCGUCGUCGCGCCGGCGAGGCGCGGGGGCGGGGGCGGGGGCGGGGUUGAGGACGAGCCCGGCGCGGGUGGCGGCGAAGAAGAAGAGGAAGAAGAAGAAGAAAAAGACGUUUCCGCGCCCGGCGCCGCCGUCAAACGCGAACGCGUCGACGGGUUCGCCCUCGCGUGCGGCUCCCCCGACGUCUCCGUGCACGUGCUGAGGGAAGAAGACGCGCCCGCGAUCGAGAGCGACCACUUCGAGCGGUUUCGCAUGGGCUCGGCGGCGAAGAUCGAGCGUCGCGAGGAGGGCGCGUCGGUCGAGUUGAAACCGGAGUUGAAACCGGAGUUGAAACCGGAGUUGAAACCGGAGGCGCUCCUCUCCGCGGGCCACGGGACGUUCCCGCCUCUGAAACAGCCCGGUCAGAGAGGCCCGAUGCCCGCGCGACCGGAGAUCGAACCGCUGAAGGCGACGCCGAAGAUAUACCUGUGCUCGAGGACGCACUCGCAGCUGCACCAGCUCGUGAAGGAGCUGAAGCGCACGCCGUACCGACCGCGAUACACGAUUCUCGGCUCGCGUCGGCAGUAUUGCCCCAUACGUAAAACCGACGAAGAGUGCAUGGAGCUCACAAAGGAUAAAGCGCGGCGCCCGGACGGGACGCAGUGCUCGCACUACAACAACCACACGAACCUCACGAAGGAGCUCGUAGACGCGGAGAUCUGGGACAUGGAAGAUCUCGCGGAGGCGGUGGAUCACCACGCGGCGUGCGCGUUCUUCACGAUGAAAAAACUCCACGAAGACGCCGAGCUGGUGUUGUGUCCGUACAACUACAUCUUCGACGCGAACAUCCGCGACGCGAUGGGGA